GAAUUCCGUUGUACAAAAGCUUGAUGUGAAUGAUAUGGCAGGAAUUCCCUUGCACAAGAAUUAUAACUCCGCAGUUAUGGAAACUGGUGGAUAUGAGAAUACUGCUUUUGUGGAAAAGAAUUGUCAGAAUUACAUUGAACAGGUGAGACGAUUAUGCCUUGGAGAAGAAGAUGCCCUCGCAAUACAAGCGUACUUUUCAAAGAUGCAAGCACGGUACUCAGGAUUUUACUAUAGUAUGAACUUUGACAAGGAAUGCAGGCUAAAGAAUAUUUUUUGGGCAGAUCACAGAUGUAGGCAGUCUUACAAAGAGUUCGGUGAUGUCGUCACUUUCGAUACUACGUAUCUCACUAAUAAGUAUGACAUACCGUUCGUUUCUUUUGUUGGGGUGAAUCAUCAUGGACAAUCCAUAUUGCUGGGCUGUGGACUAUUAUCAAAUGUGGACAUCGGGACUUUUGUGUGGUUGUUCAGAACAUGGUUUGAGUGCAUGUAUAGACAAGCUCCUAAUGGAAUCAUUACUGAUCAAGACUGUGCAAUGAAAAAUGCAAUUGAGAUAGUUUUUCCUAACACGAAGCAUAGAUGGUGUUUGUGGCAUAUUAUGAAAAAGUUGCUGGAAAAGUUCGGAUAUCACGUUCAUAAGAGCUCGAUAAUUUCUACAAUACAUGGAUUGGUAUAUGAUUCCGAAAAUGGGCAAGAAUUCGAAGAAGGUUGGAGGUUGAUGCUCGAUACGUAUGACUUGCACAAUAAUGAUUGGUUAUCGGGGUUGUACGAGAACAGAGGUAGGUGGGUGCCUUGUUUUUUGAAAACCACGUUCUGGGCCGGCAUGUCGACUACACAACAAAGUGAGAGUAUGAAUGCAUUUUUCGACGGGUAUGUGCAUUCAAAGACUUCACUAAAGCAGUUUGUCGAGCAGUACGAGAGAGCACUGAGAAAUAAGGUUGAGAAGGAGUUUCAGGCUGAUUUUAAAUCCUACUCCCAAAUGGAGCCUUGUGCGACAACUUUCGAAAUAGAAAAGCAAUUUCAAGCAAUCUAUACCAUUUCAAAGUUUAAAGAAGUUAAAGAGGAGUUCACUGGGAAGAUAUAUUGCGAUGUCAUAUCUGAAACUGCAAAUGAUUCUUUUUGGUCGACGUAUGAGGUUCGUGAGCAUGUCACACUUCAUGAUCAUCGGAAGAAAAAAACAUUUUGCAUAUCAUUUCGGAGAGAUACUUGCGAAGUGAUUUGUAGCUGCCAUCUUUUCGAAUUUCGAGGAAUCAUUUGUAGGCAUGCAAUUGCAGUCUUGAUUCGUAACAACAUCACAUCGAUACCUGAGCGGUAUAUAAUAAGGAGAUGGAGAAGAGAUGUCAGUAGAGUAUACACGAGGAUCGCAGUAAAUUAUGAUGGAAUG